AUUAACCAGUUCAAUAAAUCAACGCUUUAAGCAUCGAAUUCUUUGUUCUCUCGUUGUUUUUUCAAGGAGCGUUUGCGAAAAAGAGGUGAUCCGGAUCAUUUUGUACGUUACGUCAAGGACGUAUCGACGGCUGGAUAACGAGACACGAAAUAUUUCUGAUUCAACAUUAAUAUUCUUUCCCGGUGAGAAGCUUUCGACGUGCACCAGUAAACGUAUAAAUUCGGCACGCGUAAACGCGUAUCCCCGAGCCUUUACGAUCGGACUGGCUGUAAAAUUUUCCCGUAGAACGACCGUAUAAACUCGCGUAUCUCCCGUUGUUACCCGCAAAGAUCGACGAGAGAAAAAAAGCGAGCCUUUGUCGAGAUUUUGUCGAUCGGCGAAAACGGCGUUGCUCGGUCCUGGCCUGUUGUAAUAACUUGAAAAUAUUGUUUUAGAUAUGUUUUGUUUAUUUUCUCUUUAUUCUAUGAAUUCUCUCCGGCGAAGUCGAAUAGAAUAUGUCAACAAGGAGGAUGUAAAUAUACAUUGGUGCGAACAAGUCGGAGAAAUAUCAUUGUUUACUUUCUUUUAAUUCUCGUAACGGGAAAGGCAUUCCUUCGGAAACGAACCGCGCGCACGGACGCAACCCAGACGCUGGAAAGUCCGACACGAAUUUUGAGCGUUAUCGCGCGAUGAGAUCGGCGCGAUGGAUCGGGCCGACGGGAUCGAGAGAAGAAAUCCGUAAGUACGUUACGAAAUCCAAUUACCUUCCCCGUUAGGACAGCGUGCUCGAGAAUGAUAAAACAACGUCGUUACGUUUUCAUGCCCGUUGACACCAGUCUUACGAGUUUCGCUUAUCAAAGGGUUUUAAUCGUCCCUCGUGCGAUCUUAUCGAUCGACGAACGUGUAUCGGGCCGUGUUAUAAGCUUCGCCUACACCCGUUGACGAAUCGUCCGGACGUAUUUCUUGAACGCGCAACCCGAUAAACUUUUUUCCUUUUCCUUUCCUUCGAUAGCGAGAGCGUCUAAUCGAAACGUUCGAAAUCGAGAAGACUUUCCCCUCGGGAAUAUAACUCAAGCGUUAAACGCGAAAGAGAACAACGCUACUGCAAUUUGUCCUCUUGUCGAGGUCGACGUUGUGCUCGGUCGACGCGUCUCGCAAGAGGGAGAUCAACCUCGUAAAUCUCAACUUUAUUUUCGAGGAAGAAAAAGGAUGACGGUGGUGGCCUUUACAAAACGAGGGGAAGAGAAAGAAGGAUAGGACCGCGAGGAGCGCAGAUUAUAUCCUCUCGAAACAGAUGUUUCGAGACGAGCGCCUUAAUUAAGAGAGUCUGGCCACAGGUUGGACAGCGGCUCCCCGUUUUGGAGGAUACAGCUCGAUCAGGACCUUUUGGAUACCAUAAGCGCGAUUUAUCCGGAGUGGUUUAAGUUCUUCUCCCAUAGGACUAUACCAACGGCCGUGCCUCUGCGUCCUCGUCGAGCAGCACUUCCGGCCCUCGGUCGAACAACGGGAGCAACGUGGCGGCGGACUCCAGCGGCGUCCUCGAGCACAAGGUCGCCAAGGGCGAUUCCAAAUUGAAAGCAAAGUCCAAAAGGGCUGACAAUUUCAAGGAGAAGGAUCGAGAGAGGAAGGACGCUAGGCGCGACAACAGGGACGAAAGAGACGCUGGGAACGGUAAGAAAAGCACGACGAAGGCUUCGCCGCAGCAGGAUAAAACGACGGUGGACGUGGCAGGAAGGAAGACGGCGGGUGUUCCAGUAUCAGGAGCAGAGAUGGCCGAAGGCAAUCAGUCGCCGCCGAAGGCGGAGGUCGACGACUCGCCCCUUCAGCAUGCCAUGGAUCGCAACAAGGAGUCGUUGAAGGUGAAGCUCAUGCUGAGGCGGCCGAUAAAUCAACUGGUUGCCCAGGGCAUUAUGCCGUCGCUGAAAACUCCGCCGGCGUUUCACGAGCAGCGGAAGCAACUCGAGCGAGCGAAAACCGGCGAUCUGUUGAAGGCAAAGAUCCAACAGAGACCCGGUAGGGAAGAGCUCGUGAGACAGCAUAUACUCGAGGAUGUGGGUCACGUGGAUCCGAGCCUAGCCGAGAGGCAACGGAUGCUGAAGAAGGCCAGACUCGCCGAUCAAUUGAACGAUCAGCUCAGUCAUCGGCCCGGUCCGCUCGAACUUAUUCAAAAGAACAUACUCCAUACGGAGGAGCCCAUCGAGAGGGCGGUGAAGGAGGGACACAUUCCCUUCAAGGCGACGUGCGAGGGACAGGUGACGAAACCUCAGCAUCCGGAUCACUACAUAACGUUCGAGGAUGACUCCCAAAGUUCGGAAGGUGCUCCGUCGCCGCAGUUGGAGUCGCGUUCGGACGUUCUCGAAACGGCAGCGGCCUCCGCGGGAAUCGUCACGGUCUCCCUCAGCAUCCCCACGACCGGCGGCGCGGUCGUCGUCUCGUCGACGUCGCCCGUUUUCCAGCAAGCCUCCGGAACGGAACCGACGAUACAGACCUUUGCCGAGCUGUGCAACACGGUCGUUGGAUCGCAACACCAAGCGCAACAGGCUCAACAACACCCGUCCGCUCAGGCGAAUCAAACGAACGGGGCAUCGGGCACGCUGCUCCCACUGGCGCCGGCGUCGAGUCCCAUGUCCUUGGGAUCGACGACCUCGAGCCUUAGUCCUCUGUCGAAUAUCUCGAUAGCCUCGCCACCGGCUCCACCGCCGGCAGCCAUCACUCCUAGACCACAGCCGAGUCCGAUCGCGUCCUCGGCGUGUCAGAGAAACGAUGCGCCGGGCAAGGACAAGAACAGGAAAAAAUCCAAGACCAAGAGCCAGCCUAAGACGCGUACGAUCAAGUUUCACGAGUACAAAGGUCCGCCAAACGCACAAAAGACGUCGGUUUCGUCUACGCCCCCCGGUCUCGGCUCGGCGCCACCCGGCGAGACGAGCUACGAGCUGCUCCUGCAGCAACAACAGCUAUUCCUUCAGUGGCAGCUCGAAUGGCAGCACAAGUAUCCUCAGAUUAUAUUGCCAGCCGCGCAAAAGCCGCUGUCUCUUACCAGCAGCGGUGCCAGCGAUGCCGGAAGCGUUAGCGGGAGCAGCGCGAACGCUCCGAGUCCCGCGCCCUCGAAUUCCUCGAACAAUCCAUCCGAGCAACCACCGCUCAGGCCCUUGGGCAAGUUGGAAGAUAUGAAAGUGAGCGAUCUCAAAGUCGAGUUGAAACGACGCAAUCUGCCGGUGUCGGGUUCGAAGCCCCAGUUGAUCGAGCGGCUGAAGCCGUUCACGGAAUCCUCCAGCGGGAAUUCGACUUCGAGCUCUAACGGACCUCACGUCACGCACAUGGGCCAUAUACUGAUGGACACGCCCGGUCCUAUGACGUCCGACGAAUCUAGUUCGCAAGCGAAGAGCCCCAGCUCGAUCGUCAAGGACGAACCAAAUAGCCCGCGGACGGAUUCGCCUCACGGCAGCGAGCACGACGAUCCGUCGAGCCCACCAGUUCGUGUUUCAGGAGACGAUAUCAUCAAAGAGCAAAGAAAACGGAUAGAAGAGUUGCAACGGGAGUUGUAUAAGUCCCAACAACAGCUUCAACAAAUUCGACAAACUCAGCCCGCGACUGUCCGCGCCGAGAAACUGGUGUUGCAGCAGCAUAUACAGAGCAAGAUGCAACAGCAGCAAUUAGCUUUACAUCUGCAACAGUUGCAACACUUGCAGCAGCAGCAGCAGCAACAGCAACAGCAACAGCAGCAACAGCAACAGCAACAACAGCAACAACAACAGCAGAAUCAUCAACAGUCCCAGCAGCAAAUGCAGCAACAGCACGCGACGUUCCAGCAUCUCAAUGCGAAAGCCAGUUUGGCUGCUUUUCUACAGACCCAGCCGAACAACGCGACUGCCAUUCUGGAUUCCGCAGCGCUCACGGCGAUUAACAAUAAGAAAAAUCAAGCUAAGAAUAGUACCACCGUUCAAAUACCUACCGCGAUAGUUUUGAACCUAGCCAAACCGGCCAAACUGAACGGAUCGUUGCUCGGUGCUCUAGUCGCGCAAGCCCAAGCUCAACAACAACAACAACAGCAGCAGCAGCAGCAGCAGCAGCAACAGCAAGCGAGCAGCACGGAGGAUGGUAAACCACCGCCGCCUCAAUACGACGAGGCAGCCAAAUUAUUGAAGGUCAAGAUAGAACCGGUUCAAAAGAGUCAUAUUAAGAGUCAAGUCGUCGACGACGUGUUGGAAAUUCUUAUUAAAAACGGAGAACUUCCACCGAGCGCGGCUCAGGAUCCGGCUACGCCUACCACUCCGAAUCGUCAGCUCCAACAGAAUUUGGUGUUUACCGCGCCAGCGGACAGUCCGACUCAAUCUUUAGUAUUCGCGGCCGCUAGUCCUAUCAGUCCGAUCAGCCCGAUGGCCAUGGAGGUCUCUCAAAGCGGUUGUCCUAGUCCGUCGACGUCGACAUCGGCAUCGACAUCGGUAUCGGCGUCUGCCUCGGCCGCGGCAUCGGCAUCGGCACCGCCACCGCCUCCACCGUUACCAUUGGCAACCUUUUCCAUUCAAUUACCUACUUCGUUACAGCAAUUACAACAACAAGAAGACAUCUCUUCCUUCGGAACGCACCUGUUGAAUUCGGAUAACGAUUUGGACGCAGCUAUGCUACUGAGUCCUCAAUCGGUGCAGGAAGCCUCACCGGAUCCGCAACCACCGCAAGAGGUCACAUCAUCGGACAACGCAAACUUGGAUCUUAAAGAAUUGGGAUUGGAUCUGGAGACAUUGGGUACGAUGGACUUUGGUCAACUCGACUGUGGCCUAGGAGUUAAAAUGGAAUCUUCCAGCGAACUUAUGGAUAUAGCGGACAUGCCGAUGGACAUGGACGAUCCCGACUGGUUGGAUUCCUUGAUGCCUCAGUCGCCGCCCUCUUCUACGCCCAUGUCGAUUCAACAAUCGGUUCCACACGUUACAUCCUUAUCCUCGGCAACGGAUAUUUACGAUCCGCUGCUGGCAAGUAGUCAAGAUCCCUUCGAUCUCUUUAACAUGGAAGAUUCGGACUUUAAGAUGUCCUCCGAACUCUCUCUAACGUGGGACAAGGUAGACUUUGCGACCUAGCCGAGAUUCAUUCUCGAAACUCAACUUUGUGUACUUAAACGUUAACGAGCAAGAAGCACGGACUACUAAUCUUGGCACCACGUACAUCGCGUCUGGACACGAGUGUAAUGCGCAUAUAUAUAUAUAUAUAUACAUGCAUAUAUAUAUACACAUAUAUAUACACAUAUAUAUAUACACACACAUAUAUAUAUAUAUAUACUUGUCGUGCAAAAAUUGUACCGAGUGUUAGGUGUCAUCACGAUAUUCGUUCUGAACGAAUCGUGGCCGAACAACGAGCCUGACUUUGUCGAUAAGCUCGAAUGCUUCGCACCGAAGAACUUGUAUCUGAUCGUAACGAAAAGUGAACGAUUCCAAGUGAAUUGCUCCUGAAUCGAAAGUCGAGAGAAGCAUAUCUUAGGUGGACGAUCGAGGGUGAAGAGGAUCUUUUCUUAUAGCAUGUGCACUCCUCGGUCUUCCUUCGUCGCUAAAAAGAAACUUAUAGAAAAAACAAAAAAAAAUACAAAAAAAAAUAUGUCAACGCACAUAAUCGUUGUACUUUCAGACGAUAUCACGAGUCCUAUCGCGAUAAAGAUAACUGAAAUGAACCUCCUUAUCUAGUUGGUUUCUCUAUCUAACCGGACGCGGUAUUUCACGAUUUCAAAACGAUAUCGGCUCUAGAUACGAGCGGAAGCAAAGACAACGAGACGAAUGUUUUCAAAAUUCUCCAAAGAGUCUUCUUACGACGUUUUUAGAUAUGUAGUUCGUACUCUAUCCAGUCUACGGUCGUGUGUUGCUUGAGUUUUAAUAAUCGCAAUUAGCGUGUGUGCAAAAAAAAAAAAUGCAGAAGAAACGGGAAGUACUACCUAUACGUCCUUCUCGUUUGUACUCUUUCCCUAUCCUUCUCCCUCAAAAAAAAACUGUAAUCAAUCGUAACAAAACUGCAUAAUUACAUUUACGAGAAUUUAAUAUAAUUAAAUGAAUAAUUGUAAAGGUAUACAUACGUUAGAUAGAUACUUAUAUAUGUAAAUUAUAAUACCUUAUAGAUAUAUAUACAUAUAUACAUAUAUAUAUGUAUAUAUAUAUAUAUAACACGCGCGCCUCUGUCCGAGAGUCGAACGUGUUUUUCGAGACGCUCGAAUCGAUCGACUUUUGGCAGCGCAGUUGCGAUAUUUUCUAAGCCAGAGCAUGUGAUGUUAGAAGGUACACAUACUUUAAUCUAUAAUAUUAUAUGUGGAAAGUACGAAUUGCUUUGUAGUAGCAACGGGCAUGGUCUCGUUACCGAGGUCGCGGCUUGGCGCGAUUCCUUCAGCUUUCUUUCCCAGAUGAUGUUUUCUCUCGCUUUUUCUUUUUCUUUUUCACUUUUUUUCUCUUUGAUUGUUGUUGUUUUAUGACAUUCCAUGUUUCUAAACUCAUGACAAACUAGAAUGAGAUUUCGAACCCAAAGCUGCCGGCCUCUCGUACCAGCUCGAGUCUUGGGCUCGUUCUGGGAACUUCGGUUGGCUCACGAAAAUCAACGGUGUUUUCAUAAAAAUCAAAAACGUCUUUAUGGAAAUAGGAUAGACUCCGAGAAUAGGUGCAGCGGGUUGUUCAGCCAGAGGUUCAUUAGUCGCAUCGAUGAUGUUUUCCGAUUCCAAAUACAUACCGUAUGAUCUCUGCUUGUGCUAUUAAUCUCGUUUACUAUCUCAUUCAAUUUCUUAAUCCCGCUUUGCUUUCUCGCGUCGUUUCAAUUUAUCACAAUAGUUAUGAAAAUUAGAUGCAUCUCCUCAUUGUAUAAAAAUAAUAAACAAUUAUUAUUCCAAUCACGAGUCCUAAGAGUAUCCUCUUUACGAGAGGGUAAAGUAAAUUGCUUGCAGUUUAUGAUUCUAUCAUUUCGACGAGGACAAUCAAGACCGCAUUCCAAGCACUUAGAUUUAGAGACUCCGACAUCUUUCUUGCUUAUCACGAUAGGAGGUACUUGAUAAGACCAUAUAGCGUACGUCAAAUAGAAAAUAAUCUUUGGCUGACAUUAUACGUAGUUUCGUCGAUAGUAACGUCGUUGUCGAUGCAGUUAUUUUCACGAUAUACAAACAAGUUAGAUCAUUUUUUUACCGAAUACAUCGAAUAACUCUCAAUUGUUUUUGCUCAAGCGUACUGCUACCGGCCUCGCCGAGACAAGUGUAGCUUCCUGGCGACGACGUAAAGAUACAACGGGAUCGCGCCGCUCGCCUCGGUAAUGCGGAGAGGAAAAUGAGGAUGCUGAGAGGAAGAGAGAGAGAGAGAGAGAGAGAGAGAGAGAGAGAGAGAGAGAACGAGAGUGAGAGAGAGAGAGAGAGAGAGAGAGCGUGUGGGUGCUAUGCAUGUGUAUGGAUUUUUGCAGAAGAAAAAUAUGUAAUACGAGAAAAACGCGUGGAUGAGUCGAUACGCGUGAGUGUGUACGUUGGGAAAAGAAUGUGCGAAUCUUAUCAAAGUAUAAUAAAUCAACGGUGCUAAUAGUUAUUGGAAACCCCAAAUUUUACAUCGAUCGGAUAAUAAAUCGGAAAUCACUGUUUUAAAUCUUUCUUUCCUUAUACUCUCGAUUCGAGAAAUUAUCUAUGUCUAUACAUAUACAUAAUGUAUACGUAUAUACGUAUACAUAAAUAUAUGCUGAAAAUGAGCGAGAGAAGGGAAAGAAAGAGUAAUGGUCCAUACGCAAAUUCGAAAGAAAAGGAAGAGCGAAUGACGAAAAGUAUUUGCUAAGAAAAAUGCGUCUUGGCGUAACGUCGUUGGCACUGAUAUUUACCAUCGUGUAACGGAGAGCAGCUAAAGUGCAACAUUCCAAUGAUUCGCUCCAAUCAGAGAUCCUCGAACCAUCGCCAUGUUCCGUGUUAUCUGCGUUGAUAUGAAAACAAAAAAAAAAAAAAGGAAAGAAAAAAGUCCAAAAGAAAAGAAAGAAGAAUAAAAGUGCAUAGAAGCUUUCUUAUCAUUUUCUUUUCGAAUCGCGCGAACUUGAGAUCGAUGAAACGGUGAUUAAGCCGUUAAAGUAUAAUAUAAUCAAUGCAUUUAACGAAUAAUCGUCAAACUGAUUUCAUUCGGUUAAUCUUUCUAUUCGUUCGUAGCGAACGUUACCGACAAUAACGGCAUAGAAGAAGUUUACAUUUCUUUGCAUUUAAAUUUACCGCACGAUCGAAUUCUUCUUUUCUUGCGAGGAAAACGGAACAUGAUAUUGGCGAAUAGCGUAAAGUUGAAUGUGCCAAAUUUCCCUUGCCAUCGCGUAUAUAUGUAUUUACUUACGUGUAACGAUCAUUGCAAUCGUCAUAAUCAUCUCGUCACUAUCGUCGCGUUACAUCAUCGUUCGUUACUUCGACGGGUCUAUCCGAACGAGCGAGAACGAUUCUUUUCGUAUCGACACGGAAAGUAAAGCGAAGAAGCAACGAACGAUGAUCUCGAUAAAUACGCGCCGAGCAUUGCUUUCUUUUUUCCCUUUCUCGAUGCGUCGAUGCUAAUUCUGUAUAAAUAAUCAAUUCAUUUCAAUUUCGAAUCGUUAAUCAUGAAUCUAUCCGAUGAUUGAUUGAUUUUGUCAGGCUGUGCGAAUCUGGUAGUCCGCAUUAAAGCGUACGUGAAUCUCUUUGUAAUUACGUGUCGUAUGUAAGACAAAAGAGAGAAUAAAGUGUGAGCGAAAAAAUAUAAAUGUAUGAACGAUCGUGUACAGAAAUUUGCUUGGUUAGAGAUAAGUAAAAUGAGAGAUUGCGCGAGCGAGAACGUGUAUGCGAAUACGCACGCGCGCGUGCACGACGUGUGUUGUGUGUGUGUAUAGGUGGGUGUGUGUGUGUGCGUCAGAGAGAGAGAAAGCAAGGUAAAAAGAGAAAGAUCGAAAGUGAGAUCGAACGAGUAAACGAGAGGAUGCUGCAUGAAUGAUGAAUCUUGCUAUCGCAUUGAAAACGGAAUACAAUCGAGCGAAAACAUAUUUUCUAUGCGCAUACGAAAGAAAGAUACGGAUUUUGUUAUGUAUCUUUGAAUUUAUUACAAUAACGUACUUUUAAGUAACCGAUCACCUAAUUAUUGCUAGAGAGAGUGUUAUUUAUUUUUAUUUGUUGCAAAUUUGUCGAUUGCCUUCCAUUUGAGUAAAUAAAUAAAUAUAAAAUUA